UAAAUUCACUUUGUUUUCUUUUCUUUCAACAUUUUCUCCUUUCUCGUCGUUUCAAUUUGUGUGUUUAUUUUAGUCCCAAUUCUUUUGUGGUUUCAUCGAAAUGCCUCGUGAAAUGAUUACACUUCAAUUGGGCCAAUGUGGUAACCAGAUUGGCUUCGAAUUUUGGAAAAAGGUAUGUGCUGAACAUGGAAUUAGCCCUGAAGGAGUAUUGGAGGAUUUCGCUACAAAUGAAGGGUUUGAUCGAAAAGAUGUUUUCUUCUAUCAAGCCGAUGAUAACCAUUACAUACCGAGGGCUGUUCUAAUCGAUUUGGAGCCCAGAGUAAUUAAUACCAUCAUGAAUUCACCGUAUCAUAAACUCUACAACCAGGAAAACAUUUAUCUUUCUCCAUCUGGAGGAGGCGCUGGAAACAAUUGGGCUCGUGGCUUCUCAUCUGGCGAUGAAUUGUAUGAAGAUGUAUUCGACAUAAUUGACAGAGAGGCUGAUGGAAGUGAUUCACUUGAGGGUUUCGUCCUUUGUCACUCGAUUGCUGGUGGAACAGGGUCCGGAUUGGGUUCAUUCAUGUUAGAAAAGCUUAAUGAACGUUUUCCCAAAAAAUUGAUCCAAACAUAUUCUGUCUUCCCCAACCAAGACGAAAUCUCCGAUGUUGUCGUUCAACCUUACAAUUCGUUAUUGACACUCAAAAGGUUAGCAUUGAACGCCGAUUGUGUUGUUGUGCUGGACAACACGGCUCUCAACAGAAUAGCUGUUGAGAGGUUAAAGCUCACUAAUCCCUCAUUUGGUCAAAUCAAUUCACUCGUGUCAACCAUCAUGUCGGUCAGCACAGCGACAUUGAGAUAUCCGAGCUACAUGAACAAUGAUCUCAUUGGCUUAAUCGCCCCACUCAUCCCAACUCCAAGACUUCACUUCCUGAUGACAGGCUACACGCCGUUAACAACCGAUCAAGAGGCGACCAACAUUCGCAAGACGACUGUUCUUGAUGUAAUGAGACGAUUACUCCAACCAGCAAACAUGAUGGUCUCAACGGCGAUGCAUGAUAAAAAUCAAGGGCAUUGUUAUAUUUCAAUUCUCAACAUUAUUCAAGGUGAAGUUGAUCCAACUCAAGUUCACAAAAGUUUACAAAGAACAAGAGAGAGGAAAUUAGCUCAAUUCGUUCCCUGGGGUCCAGCGGGUGUUCAAGUCGCUUUGUCAAAGAAAUCACCUUAUAUCCAAACAGCUCAUCGAGUCUCUGGGUUGAUGCUUGCGAAUCACACUUCCAUUUCAAAUCUUUUUGUUCGAACUUUGUCUCAAUAUGGCAAACUAAGGAAAAGAGAAGCUUUUCUAGAAGAAUUUAGAAAAGAAUCUCUGUUCAAAGAUGGAUUAGAUGAAUUGGAUUCUUCUAAAGAAGUUGUUCAAGAGCUGAUUGAUGAAUACCAAGCAGCGACUAAAGCCGAUUACUUAAACAGAGAGAUGACGAGAGAGGCGAUGGUCUCUAGUUAAUUUUCCUUCUCAUUAAUCAUUUGUAAUAUAAACUUUCGAAUGUUACUCUUCCCUUAAUAGUUGAUAUUUCGUAUCAAUUUCAAAAUUUCCAGAGUGAAAGUGGAAUAAUUAAAAGAAAAAAUGGGAAAUUUAAACAAGACUUUUAA